AUGUCAGGAGCUUUGAACAUGACUCUUGAUGAGAUUGUCAAGAGGGGUAAGAAGAAUGCAAGGUCUGGUGGAAGAGGAAUUUCACGCCAUGGACGUGGUCGUGGUGGACCAAAUGGUUUUCUCGGUGGUGGUGGUGGUGGAAGAGGAAACGGACCUGCUCGAAGAGGUCCUCUUGCUGUGAACUCUCGCCAAUCAACCUUCACCAUUAACAAGCCUGUUCGUAGGAUGAGAACCUUGCCAUGGCAGAGCGAUUUGUUUGAAGAUGGCCUAAGAGCUGCUGGUGUAUCAGGAGUUGACGUUGAAACCAGGGUCCAUAUUACAAAUCUGGACAACGGCGUUACAAAUGAAGAUAUAAGGGAACUCUUCUCUGAGAUUGGGGAGCUUACGAGAUAUGCGAUUCAUUUUGACAAAAAUGGCCGUCCUAGUGGCACAGCUGAAGUGGUGUAUCCGAGAAGAAGUGAUGCGUUUCAAGCUCUGAAGAAAUACAACAAUGUAUUACUGGACGGGAGGCCAAUGAGGCUUGAGAUUUUGGGUGGCAGCAACACUUCCGAGGUGCCUUUAUCGGGUCGUGUGAAUGUGAAUGUCACUGGACUCAACGGGAGGCUGAAGAGAACCGUUGUUAUCCAGCAAGGAGGAGGAAGAGGUAGAGGUCUCAGAGCGAGAGGAGGAAGAGUUCAAGCUCCUGUCAAUCGCCUUCCAGUUCAAAACCGGCAGGGAGGGACGAGAGGAGGAAGAGGAGGGUUUCGUGGUAGAGGUCGUGGUGGUGGUGGCGGUGGCCGUGGACGUGGUGGAAGAGGGAGUGGAAAGAAGCCAGUAGAGAAGUCGGCUGCUGAUCUUGACAAGGAUCUUGAGAGCUAUCACGCAGAUGCCAUGAACACUUCUUAA